AGGCCUGGAGUUUCCUCCUUAGCUGUGGGCUCAGAGGCAGAGUUUUGGAGUGUCUCCACCAUGGCCUGGACCCCUCUCUGGCUUAGUCUCCUCACUCUUUGCAUAGGUUCUGUGGUUUCUUCUGAGCUGACUCAGGACCCUGCUGUGUCUGUGACCUUGGGACAGACAGUCAAGAUCACCUGCCAAGGAGACAGCCUCAGAAGCUAUUAUGCAAGCUGGUACCAGCAGAAGCCAGGACAGGCCCCUGUGCUUGUCAUCUAUGGUAACAACAACCGGCCCUCAGGGAUCCCAGACCGAUUCUCUGGCACCAGCUCAGGAAACACAGCUUCCUUGACCAUCACUGGGGCUCAGGCGGAAGAUGAGGCUGACUAUUACUGUAACUCCUGGGACAGCAGUGGUAACCAUCCAACAUUCGGCGGAGGGACCAGGCUGACCGUCCUAGGUCAGCCCAAGGCUGCCCCCUCGGUCACUCUGUUCCCACCCUCCUCUGAGGAGCUUCAAGCCAACAAGGCCACACUAGUGUGUCUCAUAAGUGACUUCUACCCGGGAGCCGUGACAGUGGCCUGGAAGGCAGAUGGCAGCCUCGUCAAUGCGGGAGUGGAGACCACCACACCCUCCAAACAGAGCAACAACAAGUACGCGGCCAGCAGCUACCUGAGCCUGACACCCGAGCAGUGGAAGUCCCACAGAAGCUACAGCUGCCAGGUCACGCAUGAAGGGAGUACGGUGGAGAAGACAGUGGCCCCUACAGAAUGUUCAUAGGUUCCCAACCGUCACCCCACCCAUGGGAGCCUAGAGCUGCAGGAUCCCAGGGGAGGGGUCUCUCCUCCCACCCCAAGGCAUCAAGCCCUUCUCCCUGCACUCAAUAAACCCUUAAUAAAUAUUCUCAUUGUCAAUCAGAAA